UGUGACAACUGCAGAGUGAGCUGAGGUUGUGUGAGUUGACACAGCCAUAAACAACUUGUGCAGUGGUGGACGAAAAGCAGCCUGAAGUGUUGGAGAAAACAACAGACAUGCGGGUGGCAAUAAUUGGAGCUGGAGUCAUUGGCCUGUCAACAGCUCAGAGCAUCUACCAGCAGUAUCACUCCAUCGUCAGCCCACUGACCAUUGAGGUAUAUGCAGACCGUUUCACUCCACUGACCACUAGUGAUGGAGCUGCUGGCUUUUGGCAACCAUACCUCUAUGACAACGGCAACGUCCAGGAGACAAAAUGGAAUAAAGAGACAUUUGACUACUUGCUGAGCUUCCUCGAUUCACCAGAUGCCAUACAAAUGGGUAUAUUCCUCCAGUCUGGCUACAACCUCUGCACUAAACCAGCCCCAGAUCCUUCAUUUAAAGAUAUCGUCCUGGGCUUCAGACAGCUCACAGAGCGAGAACUGCGCAUGUUCCCCGGAUACAAUUACGGGUGGUUCAACACAUCUCUGAUGGUGGAAGGUAAAACAUACUUACCUUGGCUGAUGGAUUGGUUGCAAAAAAGGGGUGUGAAAUUUCAUCACAGGAAAAUAGAGUCCUUCAAGGAGCUGGCAGAAACAGGGGCAGACGUGAUAAUAAACUGCACUGGAAUUAGAUCAGGGGCGCUCCAGCCGGACCCUGACCUCAAACCAGGCCGGGGUCAGAUCGUGAAGGUGGAGGCUCCGUGGCUGAAGCAUUGGAUUCUUGCCCACAAUUUUAUAGAAGGAGUCUACAGUUCACCGUACAUCAUUCCAGGGAGCCGUCUCGUGACAGUUGGUGGGAUUUUCCAGAUAGGAAACUGGAGUGAACAGAACAACUCCACCGACCAUAAGCACAUCUGGGAUCGUGCAUGCCAGCUCGAGCCAAGUCUCAAGCAUGCCAGGAUAGUAGAGGACUGGAGCGGCCUCAGGCCUGUUCGCAGCAAAGUCCGCCUGGAGAGAGAGACCAUACAAUCUGGUGCAACUAAAAUAGAGGUAAUACACAACUACGGUCAUGGAGGUUUCGGAUUAACCAUUCACCGAGGCUGCGCCCAGGAGGCAGCAAGGCUCUUUGGUCAGAUCGUGGAACAAAAAGGCAAAGGUCCAAAAGCUCGCUUGUAAAUUUGUGUCUGUCAGUACUGAUUGAUGCACUCCUUUUUCUAAUUUCAAUGUCAGUGCCUUGUAUCUUGUACCACACAAACUGUUUUUUGUCUUUAAGUAACAUUUAAAGCCAACAUAUAUUCAGUAUCAUAUAUUUUUGGGGAAAUCACAUCGCUUAUAAUCACAGUCAUGUAAUGGUUGUAACUUAGAGGUAAGCUGAAAGAGGAGACAUUCCUAUUGUUGUCCUUGUCGAUUAUUAAUGAACAGAUGGCUCAUUCACAUGUAACAAAAUCAUACUUGAAUCUGGAUCGUCCACCUACAGAUCGCUCACAGAACAGGGCCAGCUGCAAACAAAUACAAAUGAGACAAACUGUUUCACUGAAAAAAAAUAGUCAACUUUCCAUCAUUCUUGAGAGCGGUGGCCCUUGUUGUCGACUUAUGUCUGCUACCUAGCAGAAAGUAUGUGCUGUUAGGUAACUGUUUGUCAGCUUGUUUACUGCCUGUUUAUGAACAAAUUAGUUAUGCCUGCGUAGUUCCUACUUGGUGCAUGUUCACAAACUGUAUGAUAGUACUGCCGUUGGCUGCAGCCCUUAAAAAUCGGGCCGUGGGCCACAACUGACCCCCUGGCUGGACUUUGAACAUGCCUGGUUUAUGGAGUACUUGUGACAUUUUAACACCUUUUUAGUUGAGAGUCAACAGUUUAACAGUUUUGUUUUAUUCUGUACAUGUUAAACACAAUUUCUAUAGAGUAUAUGUGACAAUUUGUUACAUAUUCUCUGAAUAAUUUUGUUAACUUAAACUAUUCACUCAACCUAUGCAACACAGAAACAUAAUUAUCACAUAUACACUACAGAUAAAAAUCCAGAGAUAAAGCCAACAGUUGACUUGUUGAGCCACUUAAACACAUAUUAAUAUUAUUAUAUUAUUUAUUAUAUUAUAUUUACUUGAUUUAUGUUAGAAUACAGGCAUGUCAUUUACGCCAGGUAUAGUGCUGUAAGGCAGUUUAGUGCACAUGAGUAGAGGAGAUUGUGGACAAUGUUGUGCGUAACAGACAACACUGAGUUUGUGUUGGAUUGGAUCGUAACACGUUUUUGACCAGGCAGUGUUGAAGUAUAAUAAUGGGUAAUAUGUGAGAGUAUAUAGAAAUAGGACAUCAUGCCAGUAAUUUUGGAAGGACUUGGCCUGUCGUUUGUUUCUUUCUUUUUGUAUUCUCGAUAAACCUUGUAAAACUUUUUCCCCGCCUCAUGUGAGUUCUGUGGAUCUCCAGAAAAGGAACAGAAACAAGAGUCAAAACCGAGACAUCUCACAGAAUCAUUAUGUCUCAUUUUGUCUUAUGGAUUACUGUUAAUUUAUCAUGUUGAUCUGUUCUGUACGACAUCUAUUGCACGUCUGUCUGUCCUGGAAGAGGGAUCCCUCCUCAGUUGCUCUGAGGUCUCUACAAUUAUUCCCCGUUAAGGGUUUUUUUGGGGGGAGUUUUUCCUUAUCCACUGUGAGGGUCCAAAGGACAGAGGGAUAUCGUAUGCUGUAAAGCCCUGUGCGGCAAAUUGUGAUUUGUGAUAAUGGGCUUUAUAAAUAAGAUUGAUUGAUUGAAAGUAAGUGGCCUAGGAACUGUGGUAUGUUGAAACCUCCACUAUACACUCCUGUCUAUCUGUGGGUGGACUAUCAAAUAAAAGUAAAAUGUUUCUAAAGUAUAUAAAUUAUGUAUCUCUUGAAAAUGUCCUCAGUAAACUUAGUGAUAAUGAUUAUAUCUGAUAAAAUCACUGUUUAAUAAAAAGUACAGUAUUAAAUAACAA